CGACGCACCACUGUCACCUGGACGUGAAAUGAACACCUGUUGCCUGCGGGUUCUCUCCUCCUCCUCCUCCUCCUUCUUCUUCUUCUUCUUCUAGAGAGGAACCCUCUCGUGUGUCAGGCGGGGGGAAGGGGAACAAGGCCCCGCUGCUGCAGCCGUUGCUGUAGUUUUCGCCAAACGUGGUGACCUGGUCCAAACUUUACGCACGGGAUGGAUGAAGGGAGGACCGUGCGCAGGACGGGUCCGUAACAAAAAAAAAAAAAGGGGGCAAUUCACAGAAACUGCGCUACAGACGGAACAUGCCGCAGGUUGCCUGAGUGAACGAUAUGGAGCCGGCCAGAUCCUAUUUGCAGACUCUUACUGUGGCGGCGGCGGCUUUUUGCCUCUUUUCGGCGAGCGCCGGAGGCGCGAGGCCGGAGGCGCGAGGGAAGGUCGGCGGCGAGGUGGAGCUGGGCUGCAGUUUCCCUCCGUCGUUCCCGAGCGCCGUGUCCCCGGCGUCACUGCAUGUGGUGGAGUGGGUUCGACAGGGACUCGACGUCCCCGUCCUGAUCAAAUUUGGCUCCUACGUGCCCCGGGUCCAUCCGCAAUACGAGGGGCGGGUGUCUCUGGUACGGGUCACUGCCAUGAGGCUGGAGGGCCUGCGACUGGAGGAUCAGGGCCUGUACGAGUGUCGAAUCCUCUUACUGGAUAAACCCGCAGAUGAGCUGCACAACGGCACCUGGACCCUGCUCUCUGUGACUGCUCCGCCCGCCUUUACUGAAGCCCCGCCCCCAGAGGUGGAGGCUCUGGUCGGGGGCCGCCUCUCUCUUCCCUGUGUUGCCACGGGCAACCCCGCUCCCACCAUCACCUGGCUGAAAGACGGCAGCGUGAUUCAAAGAACAGACGAUCGGGAGGGAGCCUUAUCUCUGCGAGCGGUGAGCAUGCAGUCGGCGGGACGGUACACCUGCCACGCCUCCAACUCGGAGGGGAACAUGACUCGCGUGACGAAAGUGAAGAUCAAAGGUCCGCCCGUCAUCGUCAUCCCCCCCCAAAGCACCUCGCUCAACAUGUCCCAGAAUGCACUGCUCCGGUGCCAGGCGGUGGCCGACCCCCCCAACAUGACCUACGUGUGGCAGAGAGGCGGAGAGAACGUCCAUCACAUAGAGUCUCUGAAGACGCGAGUGAAGAUCAUGGUCGACGGAACUCUGCUCAUCUCCAGCCUCGUCCCCGAGGACUCCGGGAACUACACCUGCGCGCCCACCAACGGCCUGCUGACCCCGCCCACGGCCUCCGCCAACCUCACAGUGAUGCACCCUGCCCGGGCCCUUCCAAUGCCCCGGGAGACCUACCUGCCCACGGGGAUGCGGGGCGUGGUCACCUGCCCGGCGGCCGCUCAGCCUCCGCUGCUCCGCGUGGAUUGGACAAAGGACGGCGAACCGCUGGACCUGCUCUUGUAUCCCGGAUGGACCUUGACGCCGGAGGGCUCGUUGUUCAUGGCCACGGUCAACGACGACGCGGCGGGCGCGUACACCUGCACGCCGCACAACAGCUACGGCAGCGCGGGGGCGUCCGGGCCGACCGCUGUCAUUCUGCAGGACCCCCCAUCCUUCAGCGUCCCUCCGGAGGAGCAGUACAGGCAGGAGGCUGGCAGGACCCUGCUAAUCCCCUGUGAAGGAAACGAGGACCCAACAACUAAAGUGACCUGGAGCAAGGUCGACCUGGCUCGUCGCAUCUCCUACUCCGUCGAACCCAACGGCUCUCUCCUGCUGCAGCCGCUCACCAAGGACCACCAGGGGGCGUGGGAGUGCAGCGCCGCCAACCGCGUAGCCUCGGUGAAGGCCAGCACACUAGUCUUUGUCCUGGGCACCAGUCCCCAUCCGGCUGCCUCCCUGUCCGUGUCUCCGGGGGUGAGGCAGGCCAACGUGUCCUGGGAGGCCGGCUUUGAUGGAGGAUCGGCGCAGACGUUCUCAGUGUGGGUGAAGAAGAUUUCUGCGAGCGAUAACGAGGAAGGGAAGCAGGCGUGGUUCUCCGUGCCCGUGCCCUCGUCCUCCGGCGCCCGGCUGCAGGUGACGGGCCUGUCCGCCGCCACCGACUACCAGUUCAGCGUCCUGUCCCACAACAGAAUGGGCACGGGACCCUUCAGCGAGUUCGCCACCGCGCGGACCUUGGAUCCUCCGCUGGGGCGCAGUAAACCGAGGCCCCCCGCGUCGCUGUCGGCCAAUCAGGGCCCAGCAGGCGUCCUCCUGCGGUGGUCCCUCCCCGACGCGCAGCGCCCCGCCAUCGACGGCUUUGUCCUCCAGUCGCGCACCCGGCCAGGCGAGUGGUUCAAUUUGGUCGAGGACGUCGGCGCCAACAGCAGCGAGAUAGUCGUCCCGGGUCUGCACAAGGAUUGUGUGUACGAGCUGCGGCUGCUAUCUCGUCGCGGGGAGUUGCUGAGCGAGCCCAGUCCAUCAGUCAAUGUCUCAACCACGGGGAUGGAGAUCUACCCCGGCACAUCCCCACUGCUGGAGUUCGUCCCGGAGCCAUUACUGACCGGCGUGCUGGGCGGGGUCGGCUUCAUGUGCCUGGCACUGGUCCUGCUGCUGGGGGCCGCCUGUGUCGUCAGCCACAAGAGGAACCACAGAAAGAGGAGGAAGAAGAAGACGGCGGCGGACGAGCCCCCUCCAGCCAUCUAUAAAUACUCCCCAUCAAUAAAGACCUCAGGCACCGGUAGUCCAGACAGUGUGUUGAAGAAAAGCCUCCUUCCUGCCAGCAACCUCUAUCCCACCACUUCCUCGACGACCACCACCUCCUCCUCGUCCUCCUCCUUCUCGCAGACGGGCCGCUUCUCCCCCAGCGACGAGAGCCGUCAUCGGCAGACACACCUCCCGUCGGACUCCGCCAGGGGCCGUCUCACCAGGACAACUUCGUCUCCAAUUUCUCCUCCGAUUGAGUUGAUCUCUCGGGGUGCGGAUGGGCGCUUCGCACUUCCACCGUACGACGCCGACACGCUGAGCGUUCACAGCGGGAAAAGUGCAAGGUACCUCCAGGCCGGCAGAGUCCGAAGGUCCGUGUCACUGCACGCCGGCGGGGAAGACAGGAAGGAGCGACCUUUCGUGCUUUCCGUUGAUCUCCCGCCUCGCGAACCAGCGGACGCCACUUCCCCGAGCCGAGUCUUGCACCUGCCGCAUCCCAAUGCGUAUGUCUUGGACCCGCAGGCAAGCUGCGAUGGUUUCCCCGACCUUCGCAGCUUGAACUCAUACAGCAGUUUGGCCACCAUCCCUCAUCGGGAAAGAACUCCCGCGUUUCCGGUGCUGCCGCACAUCCGAUCCGGCCUGGCUCAGCGGGCCACGACGGCCAGCGCCCUGGUGCUGCAGAUGGAGCACGAGCGGGAGCGAGGGAACCUGAGUCGCUGCCUGACGCUGGCGCAGGAGAGGGAGGAGCUGGAGAGGGAGCUCCAGAAGUACAUGCUAGAGAGAGGCUCUGCGAGGGAAAUCAAGAGGGAGCAGGCCGACUCGGAGCUCAGGGAAGAUGGCGAUGAUGUGUUUGUCUGGGAGUAUAAGAGCACGACGUUGCCACACAGACACCCCCAGGGCAACAAGACGAGCCUUGCUCUGUCCUCGAGCCCUUCAUCUUCAUCCUCCGUCCAUUGGGACGCCCGUCCGCUCGUCUCCCCUCGCCUCGGCGCGUCUUGUUUUAAGUCUGGUUACCAGCACUUUGCUCCGUCGCUCACCAAACAGGCCCCCCUGCGGUCUGAGGGGGCUGGCGGUUUUUCCAAAGACAGAUUAACUCUGCCACAUCUCCCCGCAAAGCACCAGAGACAUGAAAGAGUGGAGGCGGCGCCGGAGGGAUAUAAUAAUUCGCCACAAUCCACAGUCUUAGAAAUGCAAAGGAGUGAUUCACGCUGCGAGGCACGCAGACAGAGCAGCCUCAGCCAUGGCAGCCUUUCGACGCCGUCGCUCCAUUGCCAUGAAUACACCGAAAGCUCCAAUUCGGCUCUCGGUGCAGCUUCACACUCCGCAAACGCGGAGGCAUCGUCCCGCGGGCCCGCUGACGAAGGCGCGUGCGCCGAGAUGAGCGUGGAUGAGCCAGAGUUGGAGGUGCGUGUGACGCGCCCUCCGAGGCCGAUGCUGCACCAGAGAAUCGCCUCCCACGUGCAACAGGGGCGCCCGCUGACCCCCAGGGGCCACUUCGAGGACACGGGGCGGAGCGCGGGCUUCAACUGCCGCACUCCCGCUUCUGUGGGCCGCGUGGUCCGCGUCCCGGCCCCUCCACAAGCUCCAGGACCAGAACCCCGGAGAGCCGCGGCCAAAGGCUCUCAACUGUGGGACUCGAAGCAGCGAAGUCGGAGCCUCGACUCGAGGAGACGGAAUGAGAGCGGUUUCCCGCCCCCUGAUGACUGGAUAGAGUCACUGAGCCAAGAGAACUGUUCCGCUGCGUCUUCCCGUCACGCGGACACUCUGUUCUGGGAACCCCAGAGCUCUCCUACCACGAAGAUCUCCAAGUCUCCCGCUCGUUCUCCUUCUGCUGCCCAAGCUGCCUCCCCUUCACCCCCCGCUGUGGACACUUCGUCCGCAACUCGCGGCCCAGAGAGGCCCGUUCCAAAUCCUGCCGUGCCCUGCCAGCACGAGCCCAGAGGAGAGAUCCUUCCGUACGCUGCCAAGUGGCCAAUCUCCUACCGCCAGGAGGCCACGAAAGACGCAGAAGGCUACUCGGAGGCCGCGAAGGAGGCCUCCAGGUGUGCACCCCCCGACGACGGUCACCACGGGGUCCUGGACGUGGAGGCCGCGGAGGGCGAGCUGGAGUCGGGGAGCAGCUACAACAGCUACGCCAGCAGCGGCCGAGGCAGCAUGGAGCCCGCUAAUGGACGCCUGUCGAUGUGCCACCUCUCCCCGACCCUCGCCAGCUCACCUGAGAGCGUAGAGGGGAGCCAGGGGGGUGCGGACGACAAGCAGAGUCACCGAAUGGACCCAAGCCAAAGGAGAAAGGCCUCCGUUGAUGAGAAUUACGAGUGGGAUGCGGACGAUGACUACCCGCAGGCUGGAGACCGCGAUGGCCUGCUUCUUCCAUUGGACCCGCUGAAGCCUCCUCCUCCUCCUCAUCCUCCUCUUCCUCGGUGCCGUGGCCUUCCCAGCGUGCCCCGCUCCGCCGAGGAACGCACUCGGCUCUCGUGGCACCCAGGGCAUCGGAGCAGCUUCUCCGCCGAGCCAGAACCAGACACGGUGCUGUUCUGACAGCGGCGGCCCUCGGCUCCGUCUCGCCGGUGUGUCCCUCCCCCCGCCGGCCGCCUCGCGGCAAAGACCGCAUGUGGCAGAAAGCGAGCUUUUGUCUGAUCGACUGAAUUAUCGCCUUCGAACCGAAGGGGGAGAGAAAAAGAGAAAUGUUUUGUUCAGCUUCACUGGGAAUGGCGCUUUUUUCCCUUUUUUUUUUUUUCUUGAAACACGUACAGAUCUGGAUUAUCUUAAAAGGAGAAAAGGCCUUCUCACCAGGAGACAAUCAAACGCCAGCCGGCCCGUUCUCCGGAGCCGUCUGAUGUGCAUCCAUCAUCCGGGCGAUGGAUCAGUGGAAGCGCGAGGGACAACGCGACUCAGUCAUCGCCAUUAAUCACCUGUGGCUUCUAUUUUUGUGUGCAAAAGACGUGUUUAUCAAACGCCAAUGAAUGAGGAAGAUGGAACACAAUGUGUGAAAGAUGAUUCCGCAACACUGUCGUGCUUCAGCACCAACUGUAGUUUCCCCACUUUUUCUGCACAUUUCGUCCUUAAACGCAAUACUCUGAAAAUCCGAAACACCUUCCCGUUCCUUGUGCCGUGACGCGAGACCACCAAUUACGUCCGCUAAUUGAAGGGGGGGGUCAAUUUAAAUGCUCGCGUUCGCCCUUGCUUUAAUUCCACGGAUUACGAAGGGAAAUUAGUGUCUAUUUCGUAUUGUGACUUUCAUUUACCAAGGGUGAGUUCACCCAAUGAUGAGUGCAGCUCUCUCCCAGGCAGAGAUAGGUAGAUAUACUCUAUUGACCCCAAACUGGGAAAUUCUGGUGUUUAGAACACAAAAAAAAAAAUAUAUAAAAUAUAUAAGUAAUACAAAUGUAAAAAAAAUAAAUAUAUAUAUAUAUAUAUAUAUAUAUAUAUAUAUAAGAACCGCAAAAACGAUACAAGUAUAAGGACAAUAAAUAUAAAGGCUGUACAUAAUAUUAGUUUGUGCAAUCAGUUACCGGUGAUGUGCUUCAGGCGGUAACAGGAAAUACACAUGAUUUGAAUGCUGUCGGAUUUCGAGAGCUCGCUUGCGUCAGUAUUCAAACUCUGUUGGUGACGGAGUCGGUCUGGGUGGAGGGAGUUCGCGCGGCGCUCUCAGCUGGAUUCAUGUUAAAUCGGGGGGGUUAAAUCAUUUCGACGAAAGCCCCGACAUGUCCCAGUGUAGAUCAACAUCGUUCCCGUGAGUUCUGGGGGAAACUAAAGCUGCAGAGAAAGAAAAAAAAAACCCCAACCUGCUCCAACCUUUUUCUUUCACGAACACUGGAGGGAAAAGAAAGGAGCUUCUUGUUUUUUUUUCUUUUUUGCUCUGUGCUCUCGCUCAAGGCCUUCGCAUUAGUCAAGCAAAUAAUUAACUCAGGACUCCACAAUGUACCGGAGCAUUGUGGGGUAUCCGUCCUAUAAUUGAAAAUUCUGUCGCUGAGGCCACAUUCACCGCAGAUCAAUGUUCUUCCUCUUCUGUUGGAACAUUUGCUUUUUCCCGGCGCGCGCGUGCGCCACUGUAGCUCCAGUCCACGAAAAUGAUCAAACCGCCGCCGCCGCCGCUCUGGGGAUGUGUAGUCUACAGGAUACGGUCCUUUUGAAGGAAUUUCCAAACCCCCUCAUGUAAGAGAAUCCCCUUGGGGGGGGGGGCGGCGUCGACAAGGCUCUGGAGGAUUCAAUCGUGAAAUGUCCUCGCGCGAGGUGAAGAACACACAUUUGCGUGUGGACAAACAGGACCACAACACCGCGAAGGAAGAGAGCUGGUCACAAAGAGAC